GCAGAAUUCACCGUUCGCUGUUCGAAGUCCCCCCUUUUUUUCCCUUUUUUCAAUAGCUAGAAGCAAUCCCAUCGUCUCCCUUCGACUUCUCCGGCGAGGUUAACCCAUACUCACAGGCGGCUCCAGCCCGUGCUCAACGAAACCUGCUCUCCUGUUUCCUUUUUUCCAUAUCUUCAGACAACCUCGUCUGUCCUUCCACAUGCCUUUCAUAUCUUAGAACUUUCCUUUAUAUCACGCAUCUGCUGCUUUUCUGCUUCGCCUUUCCUCAGCUCGUUUGCUCUGCCCAGUAAAGGACAACGAGCAGGAACGAUGUCCACCGUAACCGUCGAGGAGCUGCAGAAGCAAAUGGAGGUGGAGAUGGCGGCGCACAAAGCCGCCAUCGACGCCAUCGCCGCGCAAACCCGCAAACUUCAGUCCCUUCUCGACGAUAACCAACGGGCUUUUACCGAUCUCGUCACGCGCGUCACGAACCUGCGCGUGGCGAAAGGUGAGUUCUUAGCUGCGCGUGCGGAGGCACACACCCCGUGUGGCAACCUCGGCACCGGUUCAGACCUUUUGGACGGCUUCUUGGACUCCUUCCGAGUCAAGCUUGCCACCGUCAGCACCGCUGGCGUCUCGCCCGUGAUGCAGAAGCUGGAGACGGCUGCGCUGGAGGCGAUGACACCCUACGGUGCACGACGCGUCUCGGCGCUUUUCACGAGCAACGCCGCGGCUGUCCGUCACACCGGUAUUUUACUCCUUUUCCCAAACGACGUGCGUGGGGUACGGGGGUGGGCGAAGAAGCACUUCAGCAGCUGCCCGAGCUGUGCGGCACGCCUAGCGCAGCUCCCGCCGUGGACGCCGCACCGCUAUGACAGCAAAGCAAUCGGGUUCGCGGCGGCACCAGAUCUGCGCAUCAUCCCGGAGAAGCGUUACCACCACCUCACCUGCUCGCUCGUGCAGGAGAGCAGCGUGGCCGCUCGCGUGGACACGGCGGAGCAGCUCGACCUGAUUCGUGGCACCUUCUUUCUGAAGGUGCAGUCCGCCAAAACGGGGCAGCCGCUGACGGAGGCGGCCGGCGUUUGCGCCACUGCGACGGCGGCGCUGCAGACGUGCGUGACGACGUGCAUGACGGAGCUGCGCGAUACCGUCCGCACCGCCGCGCCGUGGAACGUCGACCCCACCGCGAACCGCGACGUCUCGACGGCGAUAGAGAUACUGCUCCACCUGAUGGAGCCGCGGGUGGACGUGCAGGUCGUGCCACAGCCCACCGUCAGCACCCCCACCCCCAACUCCCCCACUACCACUACCACGCGUCACGGUGCGCCCUGCACGCUCGUGCAGAUGAACGUGGCGGUGACUGUGCCGCUGCAAGUCUCUGCCGUGGCGCCGCUGCUGCACGUGCUGCGGGUACCCGAGCAGCGCCGCUACGUCGUGGACACCGUGCUGGCGCCGCUGGCGGUGCGGGUUGGGGAGGUUUUCGGGGUAGGCGAUCUGGCCGCCCGCUACUCGUCUGUCGGAUUGAAAUUCGCCGAAGCGCUCUUUCAACUGGCGGUGCAGCAAAGGCUUGUACCGGGGGAUGAGCAAAGCACGUCACCAUCCGCUUCAGCCGCUACCAACAGCAGCACUGCUGCUGCUGCUGGUACCUUUCCCCCGGUGGCUGUGGAAACGCUCUCUCAGCUGUACUUCGUGCUGCAGGCCCUCGCCGUGUUCAACACGACGCUGGAGGUCGAGAUGGCCACGCCUCACCUCUCCACCGCCGCCGCACUUGAUGCUGCCGAGUCGGCACAAUCGGCGAAGAAAGCCGCGCUACACCUCGUGCGUUCGCUGCUGCAACGCUUCAGCCCUCCGACGCCGUUCGUCGUGCCGCCGGCGUGCGAGCCGGACGCAACGGAGCUCACGGUUAAAGUUACCCGUGCGCCGACCGCGUUCUUGGAAAUCAUCAACAAUGCGUUCAGCAGCGAUCAGCGUCUGCCCGCGACCGCACGCAGCUCCGCGCUGGACACGUUCAUCUCCCUCAAGUCCAAGAUUAGCCUCGGCUUGCGACUCUUCCGUGAGCUGGUGGUGGACGUGUACCGGCCCUAUCACCCCUGCACGGGCGUCGUGCUGGCGGCCGAAAACGGCGUGAACGGCCGUCCACGUGCGGCGCCGUGUGUGCCGGUGAUUGACCUUCCAGUGGACACCGUGGCGGCGAACAUCACGGUGGCUACGUCCGUGAUGAGGUGCUUGGACGACCUGCAACGCUGCGAGGCCGCGCUGGACACGGCGGCGGCGGAGACACCAGCGGAAAAGGCCGGGAAAGCCGCCCUGCAAGCGGCAGCAGAGAAGCUGCGCCGCACUGAACUGCUUGACCAACUGCGUGCACAGUGGGAGCAGCUGUGUAUCCACGUGGUGGAGUCAACAAAGGCGUGCGUCGAGGUGGUGCUGCCCUUUUCCAUGACGGAGGUGGACGUGCGCAGCGCCACAAAGCCGCUGCUCUACGUGCGUGUCGUGUACGAGAGCUGA